GAAUAGGAUGUGGAGGAGGAACAGAACAGUCAGAGGGUUACUCCAUCAUUCGAAACCUGUUAUCAUCAGAAUAUGUGCUAUAAUUUUCAUCUCCAUUCUGGUGGCAGCAUUAGUUUUAAGAUGGAUGUUCAAUGCACCAUUCUGUCUCAUGGAAUACCAAGUGGGUCACCCAGAUAACUCAUCAUCUGGUCAAGUGUGCUUUUGUAACAAGGACAAACCCAAGAAGAGCUCAAAUCUCCCAUGGUACAAGUGUCUAGACCAGAAACACAAUCACAGCUCAAAGGUUGUGUCAUUUGUUAUGUUUGGAGAUGGUGGACAGUGGGUCCAGGGUUUGGCACACAAUACCAAAAGGGUUCAAGAGUUGUAUCCAGGUUGGGGGGUUCAUCUGUACCACAACAUUGCAGAGCCACAGGUGUGCAGUCAGUUGUGUCAAGUGAAUUCUCAGUUUGGCAACCUCCACUUGUGUCCCAUGUUGCCAAAUUCCUGGUUGUUAGAAGUGCAACACAUGGUCUGGAGGUUCAUCCCAAUGGCUGACCCAAGUGUGACCACCUUUAUAUCAAGAGACCUUGAUAGUGUGGUGAGUUCCAGGGAAGUUGCAGCAGUUGCUGAAUGGUUGGCAACCCCAAACAAGACACUCCACACUAUGAAUGACCACCCUGGGCACCUCUGGCCAGUCAUGGGUGGCAUGUGGGGCAUCAACUUCCAGUCCCAUGCUAAUGGUACCACACUCACCACCAUCAGAAGAAUCAUGAAACAACUCUUCCUCAGAAUGGUUGACCAUUCCAGUGUGUUGCUAGGACAAGGCAAAGGAGUAGACCAAGUGCUCCUUUUGGCCACAGUUGCUCACCAUUUCAAAGAGCUGGGAUAUGCAGGACCCAUUGAACACGCAAUGGUCUUGGAACCAGGAUGCAUUGACAAACCAACUGUGGUGCAUGAAUUGGUACAUCUUUUAGGGUUCCCUCAUGAGCACAGUAGGACGGACAGGGACAAAUAUGUCAGGGUCAACUGGAAGAACCUCAGAUCUGGAUGGGAGCUGAGCUUCAACAAGCACCCAGGAAGGUAUGUCACAACAGGACCAUAUGACUACUACAGUCUCAUGCACUAUGACCUCUACACAAAUGCAAAGAAUGAGAGGAUGCCCACAUUGCAGCCCCUGAAGCCUGUCAAUCUGGCCAAGGUUGGACAUGGAGACACCCUCACCAAGACUGACAUCCAGAAGAUUAACAAGUUCUACUUUUGCAAAAAGACCCAGAGGAAUAAUGGCUUCAUCAUGGAUGCCCCAAAUGGCAUGGAGGAACCAGAAGAGUCUAUAUUUAACCCUCAUCCUGUCAACCAUGGAAGUCACAUAACCUUGAACCAACUGCUAAGAUAAAAUGGUCAAGUGUUCGAAUGCAACAUUUAGAGUUUCUUUCAUUUCCCUUUCCAAAAAAAAACCUUGUACUUCAGCAUGUGAUUUUUAAGAUUCACAAAUCACACUAAGUUGAGAGAUAAAUUUCCCUUAUCUGUGAAUGAAUGCUGUGGGCUUACAAGAAUGAAAUCCUUUUCUUAUUUCUUCCUGAGUA